UAAGCCUACUCAGCAGUCAUUUUCAUGGCCGUGCCCUCACGCAAGAAUGUGCACCGCGCUCAGCGCAAGCAGAUCAAGAAGCACCGUCCCGACAUCAUUGUGAUCGACCUUCGGGACCAUGUCCUAGGACGUGCCGCAGCCGUCGUCGCCAAGCAGCUACUCCUGGGAAAGAAGAUCACGGUGGUGCGAUGCGAGAAGCUCACCAUCGCUGGCACGGAGAUUCGUAACAAGAUCAAAUACCUGCAGUUCCUCCGCAAGCGCAAGCUGACCAACCCCACUCUGGGCCCCUUCCACCACCGCUCCCCCUCCGACAUCUUCGUCCGCACCGUCCGCUCCAUGCUGCCGCGCUACACCAAGCGCGGGAUGACGGCCCUCCAUUCUCUCGUGGCCUACGAGGGUGUCCCUCCGAACAUCGUGCGGGCGGGGGGCCGCGUCGUGAUCCCGCGGGCCCAACGCCACCACUGCUACCGCGCGGAGCGCCCCUACACUGUCUUGGGGAACAUGUGCAAGCACGUAGGCUGGAAGUACAGCGACGUCGUGGAGAAGCUGGAGAAGGCCCGUGUGGAGAAGUCUCAGCGCCAUUAUAAUAAGAAGGAAAAGCUCCGCCAGGCCUGGCGCAACGCGCGCAAGGAAGCGCUUCAGAAGAUGCCAAAGCACAACGUUGAGGUCCUCAAGAAAUUUGGUCUUGCAUGAAAACGUCGAUAAAAAGGAAUGACGCUGACGAAGCGCAUACCAUUAUUGACUACGAGAGCUCUGAGUAUGUUACAUGGUUAGUCUUUUAUUUUCCUAAAGAAAAACAUAUGGAUAUAUAUGGAAAGGUGAUCGGGUUUGAUCACUACA